ACUCUAUAAUGAGUACUCUUCAUUAUGCGUCUGCAUUUGUCGCCUUGCUUAUUGCUAUAUUGAUAUGAUAAUGCAUUGCUUUUGUGUGCGAUACCCUUGAGUCAUUUUAAUUUGCAUUUGUAAUUGUACCUGGGUGCCUUGGUGUUCCGAUGUACCUUUAAAUGGUAUGUUGGCACGUAGUGAGUGUUCGUAGGUACACUUUUGCAGCAUAAUAAAAAUAGAUAUGAAGCUGUACGACAAAAAUUUGUCUGCAUUUGCUGUUACACGAGCUAGCAUCGACAGGGAAGGCUUUCUUUUCAAGCGAGGAGAAGUGAACAGGUCCUUCCAGAGAAGAUGGUUUGUGCUGAAAGGAAAUUUGCUUUUCUAUUUUGAAAGAAAGGAAGAUAAGGAACCCCUAGGAGUUAUCAUUUUGGAAAAUUUCACAAUUGACAUGUGUGAUGAUGAAGAGCCACACAGUUUCAAGAUUGUGUUCCUGGGUGAUGCAGGCAGGGAGUACGUCAUGCAUGCUGACAGUGAUGAACAGAUGGAGGCCUGGAUGAGGUCCGUUUCAUCAGCCAGUUAUGAACACAUCACCAUGAUGGUUGCAGAGAUGCAAAAACAACUGGAUGAAAUCACAAGCUCGGCGUCCUCUGAGGGCCGUCUAGUGGACGUGGGCGAGCCGGCCGCGCCGUCACCGGUGGCACCGCCGCGGCAGCGGCGCGCCAACCCGUUCCACCAGAGCGAGCCGCCGCCGGCCGGGCCGCGGCUCGGCUUCCGCGCACUGCACGAGGAGCUGGGCCGCGUCAUCUGCUACGACCGUACCAACUGGUGGGAGCGGCGCGCGCCGGCCGUCGCCCAGCUGAUCGAGCUCUGAGGCCGGCCGGGGCACCGCGCCGCGCCCACUGGCGGCAGACGCCGCGCCACGUCCACACGUGAUACCGUGCUGAAAGGACUGGGCCCUGAGCUGACCGCCAGCGGUCGGAGCAGUGCGCCUCUCGACAGGCGUGGCGACGAGGCAGCAGUGGGCGUCGCUAAAUGUGAUAUUGAUUACUACUGAGGCAGUACUCCCGGCGAGGGUCGGCUUGUUGUCGGCCGUCGUACGUUCUCUGUACCGGAGCGGCAGUAUGUGAGGCCUAUGAUCGCUGUGACGGUAUUUGUCCGAGCCACCGAACGCUUGCCGAUGUUUGUUAGCGACUGAUGUGGGAAGCUGCGUGUGCCAAUCGUGAUACCGGAGGCCUUGAACUGACGGCCAACUGGAAAUGGUGUGGGUGUUACGGUGGGAUAGUGCGGCAGUACUCAUCCUGUUAUUGAAGACAUGUUGCUGAUGAUUCACCGCACGGGACAAAACCCCCGUACCUGUUUGUAAUGCGGCAUCCUGUCGGCAGUCUUACUAGUACAGCAUGACAAUUUUAGUUUGUAACGACCUUGUGCAUGCUAUAAUUUCAUUUGACGCCUGUUCCUCCUGCUUAGCUUGCUGUUGUAUUAUUCGAAUAUUUAGGCAUGAAUGAGCCGUAUGAUUAGCCACUGCUAGGUACCGCGAACUAUGGUUACACAUGUCACCCUGUUGUAGAGCUGGUCAUAUCGAGUGUGCUUUCAAGCACGUCUGUAUUCUAUGCUAACCACGCCCAUUCCAUGUUGAUGCUUUAACCGAUGUCCCCAGCGCGACCUAUCAUGCACCCGAGUCGGCGGCUAGUUUCGAUAGCGUUAUACGCUUAUUCAGCCCAGAAGUAUAGGGCAAAACUGCGGCAUCCACUGCGGUCUACUGUAAAGCUGUGGCGACUUGCUAGCAGGCCGACAUGACUAGGAGUUAGGUAUAUACGUACAAGUUCAACGGACUGGUGGAAUCAUUUGACGGGAGCCUGGAGUUUCUCGUCCCUCGGACAGUUCGGUGGUCUGUUCACAGCUUCGUCUGGUGUACGCCGCGUGCAUAUGAAUGUUGGGAUUGUUGGGCGAUGACAAGUGGCAAGAACUUUCAGGACUCUCUGUCGCCCCGAAGGUUGUGGAAAAUAGCCUCACGUUAUGCAAUUUGUGUCUUGAGCGGCAUUUAACAAAGAAGACAAGGCCUUGUGUUACUUAUUAAUGCGCCGUGCUAAUACUGUGACGCAAUUUAGUAUUGACAGUGCCACUGAAAAUAUAAGACGUCGUUACCAA